UCCUGCCCUAUUUCUAGUAUUUCUUUUGGUCCUCGGGCAGGACAGAGUCGAUCCCUACUCCAGGCACCAUGAGGUGGUCCCACCUGCUCCUCGGCCUCCUCUUGGCCUUCUAUGUGAAAGCUGAAGAGUCCACCAAGUCCGCACCCGCAGACUCCUCCAGCGAGGAGAAGCCGGAUGACAUCCUAGAAGAGGAGAACGUGCUGGUCCUCAACCAGAAGAACUUUGACAACGCCCUCCGAACCUACAAGUACCUACUGGUGGAGUUUUAUGCCCCAUGGUGCGGCCAUUGCAAGGACCUGGCCCCAAAAUAUAGUAAAGCUGCAGAAGCCCUGAAGGAGAAGACCUCGGAGGCUCGUCUGGCCAAAGUGGAUGCCACCGAAGAGAAAGAUCUCGGCGAUGAGAUUGGGGUCAAUGGAUACCCUACAAUAAAGUUCUUCCUAAACGGAAACAGAACUGGUCACAUUGAUUAUGGAGGCAGGAGAGAUGUUGAGGGCAUCGUCCGAUGGAUGCUGAGGAGGAUGGAGCCCGAAGCAAUAGUGGUGGAGACUGUGUCGGCCGCUGAGGAGUUUAUCAAAUCUCAUGAAAACCCAGUGAUUGGUUUCUUCAAGGACCCUGAAGAUGUCGACCUAAACAUCUACAAUGAGGUAGCAGGAAUCACUGAAGACUUCCACUUUGCCGUCGCUCAUAAAGAAGAAAUAUUCCAGAAGUUCGGAGUUUCUACAGACAGUGCCAUCUAUUUUAAGAAUUCCGAAGAGAAAUACGAAUACAAAGGAGACGAGGAUCUGGGCUUCGACAAAGACGAACUGGUUAAAUUCCUUAAGAUCAACAACAUCGACCUGGUCACCGAAUACAACGAUGAGACAUCAGAAAAAAUCUUCGCAGCCAAGAUUCCCAACCACUUACUGCUGUUUAUUAACAAAACCGUGGGCGAGCAACUUCAACUUAUAGAGAAUUUCCGACAGGCGGCACCUGACUUCAAAGGAAAGGUUCUAUUUGUUUCGAUUAAUUCCGACGGGCCUCACGCUGGGGUUCUGGAAUACUUCGGACUCACGCAAGAAGAUAUCCCCACAAUCCGUUUCAUCAACAUGGACCAGGUGAAAAAGUACGUCUUCAAUGCCGACAAAAUAACAACCGAGACCGUCAAAGAGUUUUGCCAAGGAGUGCUCGACGGUAAAAUAAAGCAAAACCUGCAAAGUGAGGAACUUCCUGAAGACUGGGACAAGAAGCCUGUCAAAGUUCUCGUGGGCAAAAAUUUCGAGGAAGUUGCGUAUGAUGAGACGAAGAAUGUUUUUGUGGAAUUCUACGCCCCUUGGUGUUCUCACUGUAAGGAACUAGAACCCAUCUGGGAGGAGCUUGGAGAAAAAUACAAGGACCACGAAAACGUCAUCAUCGCUAAAAUAGACGGUACCGCAAAUGAAAUAGAUGGGCUGAGAGUGAGAGGUUACCCCAACCUAAGGUUCUUCCCUGCAGGACCGGGAAGAAAGAUGAUUGAGUACACCAAGAAUAGGACGGUGGAGCUGUUUUCCCAAUUUAUUGAUAGCGGCGGAGUGCUACCCGUGGAUGUAGAGGAACAGUUCGUAGAAGAUCUGAAAGCCGCUCAAGAAAAAGAUAUAAAAGUAGAAGAUGUCAUUCCCGAGAAGAAGAGGAAUUGUAGUCAUGUAACGCACCAAGCGAUAUUAAAUGGACAUUAUUUUGGCCAAAAAAAAAAGUUUCUCCAACACUUAAAGGUUAACCGAUUUAUACAAGCAUGAAAUAAUAAAGUUUUUACA